AUGCCAUCCCCUUUGUUGGCCGCAUACAAGAGAUGUGCAGACAAUGAGAGACUGUGUUUCGGUAUUAAGGGAGAAGAGGAUUGCGUGGAUACAAACGACUGCACCGUUUUAUACAGUAGUUUCGCGAAUAGUGAGUCGACAGGAGUGUUGGGAACCGUUGAGUUCGAGUUGUACUGGAAUCGGGGCACCACUUCCGGUGACCGGUAUAUGGCUCUCGCGCUGUCCAAUGAUAAGAAGAUGGGUUCAGACACUGUCACGGAAUGCAUACUUGAUGUGAGCGGAAUUCCACGACUGGCCUAUGGAUGGACUGACGGACACGACGGCGCCGAAAAUAUAGACACCGACACCAGUAUUAAAGAGUUGGGCCAUUCAUUUAACUCAGGCAUUGUCUACUGUAGAUGGAGUCGAGUGCCUGUGUUUACCAUCAAAAACACUGAAUUUAAUUUACUAAACAGUUCAUACUAUUUAUUGCUGGCUUAUGGACCACUUAAACCAGACGGAAAAAACAUUGAUUUCCACACACAGAAGAAGGCUUCCUCUACUUCUGUAAACCUUCAGAAGAAUGGUAUUCUUAAAGGAGAACCCAUUGAUAUACUCAUUAAACUCCAUGGUUUAUUUAUGAUAAUCGGAUGGUUGGGAUGCGUGAGUAUUGCUAUUCUAAUCGCUCGUCAUUACAAGAACUCAUGGCCUGACUCUACUCUAUGCGGAGUUAAGCUCUGGUUUGCGAUCCAUCGGACACUUAUGAUCUCAGGCGUAGUCUUCAUAAUC